AUGCAUCUCGGAAGUUACGUGCUCGGGUACAAAAUUGAUAAAGAGAAAUUAGCGCACACCAUGGGAGAACCUGGCGCGCCAUUGACCGAUGAAGUGGAACUUCAAAAGAUAUGUCAGAUACUCUACAGAAUGUUGCAUGAUACUCGCCAUCUUUACCCACUAGAAGUCGUCUUCGAGGACCGCCCGGAUCGGGACCCACAGGUCGUCGUGGUCGUUAUUUUGGACGAUGAAGAUAGCAAAGAGGAGCUUGAAGCAAAGUCGAUGGAGCCGUAUCAAACAUUGCCAGAAGAGCUCCGUGGCUUCGAGUUUGCACUCAGCGGACCGGCCAUCUUCAGAAAUUGUCCCAGGCCAGUGACUGAGGAGCAAAUGGAGGAGAUGCUUGAGAGAAUAAAGCAGCAGAAAUGGUGA